AUGUCCAACAUAAAGCAAGAGUGCGGGGCUGAACUUAAGCCAAAGUGGAGAUCAGAAAAGAACAUUCUUGUCAAACCUGAAGGUAAAAUGAUUACAUCCCAGGAAUGUAUGCAGCUGAAGCGAGAUUUGGAAUCCUCCGAGAAUGAAGAUGAGUUCGAAGUUAGUCCCAUGAUUCUUUGCCUGAUGCUAACAUUUCUGCUUUUUGUGAUCGGUUUCUGGAUAUGGUUGAUAUCGAGAAGCUGUCUCUUUGACCAACCUGAGGAGGGUGGAAAAAAGGCGGGACAACGUCGGCUUUCAGGGGGUUCAACUCCAACAUCCAAAUCCCCAAAAGUUCGCUUCUUGGAUGGACUGGCUCACAACAAGGCGCCAUCGACUAGCAGACUUCGAGAAGGCAGCUCCAAUAUCUCACCAGGAAUAAACGUGACCUCGCGAUUCUACAGGGAUAUUUCAUACGGAGAACCCAACCAAGGAAUAUUUAGGGCUAACUACUCCACUUUAAUGGAAUUACCAGACACAUCGCCGAUCAUAGUACAUCCAGCAGCAGGAACUGAGUCGGGAGCUGUAACAGAAACGAAUUCGGUAUCAUCAAGGGAAUAUUUUCUAAGCAAUAAUUGUCCGAGAGCCACAGGGAUAAUGGAUACGAAUGAAUUGGAUGUACCCACUAGUCAGGCUGUGGCAGGAUCACCAAUAAACUACGACAGUAUGCCCUCGAAUUUUGGAAGGGAAUGUACUGCGCCCAAAAGGAAAUACAGCAUACAGUGGGCUAAGUUUAUGAGGCGCGGACGAAAGAGUCUAUCCGAAACUCAAAACCGUCAGUAA